AUGUCUGACAAUGCUCUUCGUCCCCAGAGGGGCACUCACAUUCCCCUGCCUCAUCCACUUAUGUCCCUGCCAUGGGCUUCCAUGUGUGUAUUUGAGCUUGGCCUCCAGAAGAGAGGAUGCUGUCUGGUGCUGGGCUACAUGGCCAAGGACAAGUUUCGGAGAAUGAAUGAAGGCCAAGUCUACUCCUUCAGCCAACAGCCCCAGGACCAGGUGGUGGUGUCAGGACAGCCAGUGACGCUGCUGUGUGCCAUCCCAGAAUACGAUGGCUUCGUCCUGUGGAUUAAGGACGGCUUGGCUCUUGGUGUAGGAAGAGAUCUCUCAAGUUACCCCCAGUACCUGGUGGUGGGGAACCACCUGUCGGGAGAGCAUCACCUGAAGAUCCUGCGGGCCGAGCUGCAGGAUGACGCUGUGUACGAGUGCCAGGCCAUCCAGGCUGCUAUCCGGUCCCGUCCCGCACGCCUCACAGUCCUGGUGCCACCAGAUGACCCCAUCAUCCUAGGGGGGCCUGUGAUCAGCCUUCGGGCGGGGGACCCUCUCAACCUGACCUGCCACGCGGAUAAUGCCAAGCCCGCAGCUUCCAUCAUCUGGCUGCGCAAAGGAGAGGUCAUCAACGGGGCCACCUACUCCAAGACUCUGCUUCGCGAUGGCAAACGUGAGAGCAUUGUCAGCACCCUCUUCAUCUCCCCGGGAGACGUAGAAAAUGGGCAGAGUAUUGUGUGUCGAGCCACCAACAAAGCCAUCCCUGGAGGAAAGGAGACCUCAGUCACCAUAGACAUCCAGCAUCCCCCCCUUGUCAACUUGUCGGUAGAACCACAGCCGGUGCUGGAGGACAACAUUGUCACGUUCCACUGCUCUGCAAAGGCCAACCCAGCUGUCACCCAGUACAGGUGGGCCAAACGGGGUCAAAUCAUCAAAGAAGCAUCUGGGGAGCUAUACAGGACCACUGUGGACUAUACAUACUUCUCUGAGCCUGUGUCCUGUGAAGUGACCAAUGCCUUGGGCAGCACCAACCUCAGCCGCACGGUGGACGUCUACUUUGGUCCCCGAAUGACCUCAGAGCCGCAGUCCCUGCUGGUAGAUCUGGGCUCAGAUGCCGUCUUCAGCUGCGCAUGGAUCGGCAACCCAUCUCUCACCAUCGUGUGGAUGAAACGGGGUUCUGGUGUGGUCCUGAGCAAUGAGAAGACCCUGACCCUCAAAUCUGUCCGCCAGGAGGAUGCCGGGAAGUACGUGUGCCGGGCUGUGGUGCCCCGGGUAGGAGCUGGGGAGAGAGAGGUGACCUUGACUGUCAAUGGACCCCCCAUCAUCUCCAGCACACAGACCCAGCAUGCCCUCCAUGGUGAAAAAGGCCAGAUCAAGUGCUUCAUCAGGAGCACACCGCCGCCUGACCGAAUCGCCUGGUCCUGGAAGGAGAAUGUGCUGGAAUCAGGGACAUCAGGGCGCUACACGGUGGAGACAGUGAGCACCGAGGAAGGCGUCAUCUCCACGCUGACCAUUAGCAACAUUGUGCGUGCUGACUUCCAGACUAUCUACAACUGUACAGCCUGGAACAGCUUUGGCUCUGACACAGAGAUCAUCCGACUCAAGGAACAAGGUUCGGAAAUGAAGUCGGGAGCCGGGCUGGAAGCAGAGUCUAUGCCAAUGGCCGUCAUCAUCGGGGUGGCCGUAGGAGCUGGCGUGGCCUUCCUCGUCCUAAUGGCAACAAUUGUGGCCUUCUGCUGUGCCCGUUCCCAGAGAAGUACGGGAGGGAGACCCGGGAUCUCAGGGAGGGGGACAGAGAAAAAGGCCAGGCUUAGACUGCCCAGGAGAGCAAAUCUCAAAGGUGUUGUGUCAGCCAAAAAUGAUAUCCGAGUGGAGAUUGUACACAAGGAGCCAGCUUCUGGUCGGGAGGCUGAAGAUCACACCACCAUCAAGCAGCUGAUGAUGGACCGGGGUGAAUUCCAGCAAGACUCAGUGCUGAAGCAGCUGGAAGUCCUCAAAGAAGAGGAGAAGGAGUUCCAGAACCUAAAGGACCCCACCAAUGGCUACUACAGCGUCAACACCUUCAAAGAGCACCACUCGACCCCAACCAUCUCCCUGUCCAGCUGCCAGCCAGACCUGCGUCCUACAGGCAAACAGCGCGUGCCCACAGGCAUGUCCUUCACCAACAUCUACAGUACCUUGAGUGGCCAGGGCCGCCUCUACGACUAUGGACAGAGGUUCGUGCUGGGCAUGGGCAGCUCUUCCAUCGAGCUUUGCGAGCGGGAAUUUCAGAGGGGCUCCCUCAGCGACAGCAGCUCCUUCCUGGACACGCAGUGCGACAGCAGUGUCAGCAGCAGCGGCAAGCAGGACGGCUACGUGCAGUUCGACAAGGCCAGCAAGGCCUCUGCCUCCUCUUCCCACCAUUCCCAAUCCUCUUCCCAGAACUCCGACCCCAGUCGACCCCUGCAGCGGCGGAUGCAGACUCACGUCUGA